UCUUUAUCACCAUACGUUCAUAAUGGUUUCAACAAACACCUCAGAUUUCUUAUCGAAUCUUCAUGAUUCCCUUUUGGUUACGAUAAUCUCGUUGUUACCGUUCAAAGAAUCAGUACGAACGAGUGUUCUUUCAAAGAGAUGGAGAAAUCUUUGUCGUGAGACAACAAGUCUUGUCUUCAAAGAGUCUGAAUUUGCAAAACCCACUCGUCGUGAUAGCGCUUUCUUGGUUGGUGUUAUGCUUGACUGGGUCUCAAAGUUUACUGGCAAAGUUAUCGAAAACUUUGAGAUUCAUCUCUUCCUGCCCACGGGUUUCGAGAGAGAUCUAAUGUCUCUCAUCGAGUUCGCCACCUCCCGACAAGUCAAGAACAUAGUUCUUAAUCUCUCAGAUCGUACCCCGACAGACUUAAUAAGCUCAUAUGCAACAGAAUAUAUACUGCGAUGCAAGUAUCCUCAAAAGAGGGAACUAGAUGUUUAUCAUCUGUUUUUCAAUCUUUUAAAUGUUAGAUCUUUGACCCUUUGCACUUUCUUCCUUCAGAUUAUCCAAAAUUGGGACGAUCCUAUGGCUUUGCACGAUCCAAUGAAAACUCGACAUUUGGUGCUGAGAACAAAUAUGCAACCAAGUGACUUCGGGGGACUUCAUAGAUUUCUUAAUAGCUGUCCGGAACUGGAAUCUCUCACUUUUGAUUUCGUGAGCGUUUGGUCGUCACUGCUGAUAGAUCCGGUAACGCAUUGGCUUACUAGCAAAUCGUACGAGUGUGUGGAGAAAACGCUCAAGGUUGUGAAGGUAAAGAACUUUUGUGGAAGCUCGAAAGAGUUACAUUUGCUUCAAUACCUGAUUCGUAAUGGGCGUGUGCUGGAACGAGUUGACCUGUACGAGGAAAAGGGAAUGAACCAUAAGCAGAAGACGUGGAUAAUGGCUGGAGUCAAGGAGCUUCAGAAGACUCUCAAGAAAGAUUCGAGUCAUUUAAAAAUUACUCUAUACAAUGCUUGAUUGAAGCAUUUUCUUGAUUUUCUGGUGAAAAGUAGACUCAUUGAGUGAUCUUUUCUGACUUUGUUUUAUUUCAUGUUAAUGGUCUGUAUUUCAGUGUUUUAUUUGGAUCAACUUCUUCAGUUGCUUAAGUUUAUCAUUUUCUUGUUUG